GUUCCCUGAGAAGGACUUCUUCUUUCGAUCUCCCUCGCCGCCCUUACCUGAGGCAGUUGCUGCGGGUGUCCUCGCGGCCGGCGUUUUCCCGCCUUUUCCCUCUUUCCCCCCCACCCGCCCUCCGGAGCCGUCCUUAGUGCUCCGCUGAGGGCAAGAAGGGGGAGUCGUUGGCGGCGGCUCCUUGCUGCGCCCGCCAUGCCCGCCGGUGCCCGGACCUGCCGCUGAGGGAGUCAGCGAACGCGCCAAAGGCCAUGGCGGAGUUCCUGCCGGUGCCCGGGCUGUCCCUGCGGGAAGAGCCGCUUCCCGGGCCCGGCGCGGCCGAGACGGAGGCGGAACUCUCCCUCAGCCUGGCGCGCACCAAGACCCGCUCGUACGGCAGCACGGCCACCGUGGUGGCGCCUUUAGCCGAGCGCUACCUGGAGCAUCGCCUCAGCCCCAGCGAUACCCUGCAGGGCAUCGCGCUCAAGUACGGCGUGACGAUGGAACAAAUAAAAAGGGCAAAUAAACUGUUCACAAAUGACUGUAUAUUUCUGAGAAAAACAUUGAAUAUACCAGUUAUAUCUGAGAAGCCGUUGCUGUUUAAUGGACUUAACUCCUUGGAGUCUCCUGAGAAUGAAACCGACAGUCCACCUUCUUGUGAAGAAGGACCAGUGACAAUUCAGGAAGACAACUCUUCACCCAGUCCUCAAGAACCUGACAAUCAGCUCCCUCCACCUGAAGAAUUAUCUGCCAAAGAUUUUCUACACAGACUGGAUUUGCAGAUUAAGUUGUCCAAACAGGCAGCUAGGAAAUUAAAACCUGAAGAUAACAGGGAGGACGAUGAGGAAAAUUCCUAUGCAACUUCUUCCUAUCAGCAAGUAGAUGAAUGAAGAGCUGGAGCAAAAGCAGUUCUUAAAGAACUAAAUAUUUGAAUAUUCAAAAGCAAACCUUUUGGAUUGAUUUAUUAUGGUGUACUUGUUACAAGUUGUAUAUAGGUAAUUCCACUGACUGUUCUUGCACUAAAAUUAUUUGAUCUUUUGCCUUCCACAGGUCAGUGUCCUUUUCCUAUACAUUAAUAAAGGAAGUGAACCUUCCAAAACUAGCAAUUGCCUUCAUAUUUCUGCUAUGAAAACAUAGCACAGUAGCAACAAUAUAUCCCUGAGACCACGUUGAUGCAGGAUCUUUAGGAAACAGUUGUACAUGCUUAUAGGAUGACGUAUAAGAGGGAGUAAGCGUUUAUCAAAAUAUCAUGGAGCCUUGAGGCAAAUAAGCUUAUCAUGCAAAUUUUGUGUGCAUCAGAACUGACUGAUGUGGCCCUGUACUGAGUGUGCGUGUUUGUACAUGUGAAUGUAUAUAGUUAUAUAAAAAUACGUAUAUUUGUGUUCUUAAAAUGAGCCAAUUUUAGUGAACUGUUUUGGAAAAAAAGAUGUUGGAUUUUUAAGGUAUGUAUGGCAAAAUAUUUUGUUUGGAAGCUUGACUUUUUUUAAAAAAAACAAGAAACAAAGGGGGAAAGCUUAGUAAAAAGUAUUUUUCUUUGUGCAAGGGUAAUGUUUGAAACAUAGCUUCUUGUGUGCAAAUAUAUGUAGUUUUCAUGUAAUAAAUACAAAAUGCACUUUAAGAAAGUGACUUAUCUUUGUUAUUCAGUCUAUCUGUAUAGAAAGCACAGAGUGUCUGGUCCUUUGCAAAUGCAUUUCAAAAUAUGCUUUAUUUGGAAGUAUUAAAAUUUCCUAAGCAGUCAUAA